GGCUCUCAGGGUUCGCGGCUCGCAGCCGCGUCAGCACGAGAAGAAGAGUGGGAUCUGUGCGAAGACUUCAGGGAAGAUCUAGGGGCUGACCGCGGAGACGAUCGCACAAAUAGCCGCAGCGAUCGCAAAGCUGAGCGCAGAGGUGAUAUCAGCGACGAUCGCAGUGGUGGCGAUCAGCGUGCGGACCUGUGCGAAACCCUACGUGACGAUUGGACCACCGUGUGUGAACCGCCGAAUCAUCCUGAUCAACAUCUAGAUCGCUCGAUAGCCGUACCGUCGGAACAAUCUGGGAGAUUGCCGCCAUCUCUAGGAGAAGAUGCAGUGCGAAUAGGUCCGGUUGCUGAGUCGUCUCAACAAUCCGUGCGAAUAGGUCCAGCUCCAUCGGCUUCGGAGGUGGCUCAUGCGGCGAGGCAACUGCAUGCGAGCAUUCAGUCGCUUCCCAGCCAUUCCGUGUCAGCCAAUCAGCUGGUGACAGAUGUACGCAGACGAGCUGUGCAGGAGGGCGGGCGGGACAGGCGUGUGCUGGUCGUUUCACACGCAUUGGAGCUCUUCUCUAGGGAUUCGGAGCUACAG